GUCAACGUCUCGAACUCUUUGAUCCUGGUCAUUGCGAUCACUUGGGGUGGAGGAGAGAAACUCAAUGGCAGUGGACUUACACUGAUUGUUUUGGAGGCCUUCAUCUAUCCGCUGAGCUUGCUCUUGAUGGCCUAUAACUUCUCCCUGCUGUUUACUCAGGUGGAGUUCGCAGUCAAGGUCCUUCCGAUCACCAACCUCCUGCUGGGCACGAUCCCCACGUCCGCAAUUUACAUCCUGAAUAUGACGGGAAAUCAAACAGCAGCCCAGGUGGGCAGCAUUGUGAUGUCGGUGGUGAAUCCAGUCUAUGGUCUCCCAGGGGUGAUUGUCAUGAUGAUGUCUUCACCUCCCACCUCCUUACUGGGGCAUUUCACUGCUCCGGAAGCCAUUCCGAUGUACGGCUCCAUCAUGAUGUGUGUGAUGCUGGCAUCAAACCUCAUCUACCAGGAUGCUCGAAGCCGGAGUGCUGUGCCUGGGCGCUGCCAGGACUUUGAUGCUGCUCGCAAAGAUGAUGACGUGCUGGCAGAAGAGCAGCGAGUGGACCAGAGCCUCAUGAACCAAAUCAGCCAGGAUGCAGCCGUGUACCAUCGUUUGAGCCACACCUACAGGAGAUCCAAAGGCUGCUGCUCUACAGACAUUGUGGAAACCACUGCGGUACGUGGCAUCAGCUUGGGCAUCCGUUCCGGUGAGUGCUUUGGCCUCUUGGGACCCAAUGGCGCCGGGAAGACCACGACCCUGGCGGUGCUGACCGGCGAGGUUCGCCCGCCCACCGCUGGCCAGGUUCAAGUGUUAGGCCAUGACAUCACCACAGUCGAAGGCAUGGAGGAGGCCUAUCGAAAUUUGGGCGUUUGCCCACAGGUUGAUCCACUUUGGGAGCACUUGACUGGCAAGGAGCACUUGAUGUUCUUCGGCCGCAUCAAGGGCGUCCCUGAAGCCGAUUUGUCGAGGACGGUGGAUGCCCUUCUGUACCGCUUGGGUUUGGAUGGGGCAGAUGCCAACCGAAAGACCACCGAGUACAGUGGAGGAAUGAAGCGGAAGUUGAGCCUGGCCAUUGCGCUGAUUGGGCGCUCGCCGGUGCUCUUUCUGGACGAGCCCUCGGCCGCGGUGGAUGCUGGAGCCAAGCGCCACCUGUGGAAGGUCAUUCAACGCCGAGGCCGUGAACAGACGGUGGUGGUGACCACGCACUCCAUGGAAGAGGCAGAGGCCUUGUGCGAUCGUAUCGCCAUCCAGGUGCGAGGACAGCUGCGAUGCUUGGGGUCGCCUUUGCACAUUAAGGCCAAGUAUGGCUCGGGCUAUCAGCUGGAGCUCUUCAGCAAUGAUCGCAGAGGCCCAGAUGCUUGGGAGGAGAAGGCGCAGGAGUUCAAACGCUUUGUCGAGACCAUCGCUCCUGGCAGCAGCCUGCUGGAGCAGCAUGGUGGGAGGUUCCUGUUCCAACUGCCAGCAUUGUCACAGGACUCUGGAAGCUUGGGCGCCAUUUUCCAAGAGGUGCAGAAGAAUAUGGCCGCCUUGGAGGUCUUGGAUUACUCAAUCACACAGCCUUCUCUGGAGCAGGUGUUUGUCCGCUUCGCGAGGGAACAGGACGAAGAAGAACAAGAAGAGGAGGCGCUCGCUGGUUUGCCGCGGGCGCAGCCUUAG